AGUUAUAUUUUUUUUCUACUUUUGUGUAUUUUGUAUUUUGGAAUUAAAAAAUAAAUAAUAUUGAAUAUUAAUAUUAAAAAAAUGGAUUUGGGUGAAUAUUGUAUUAAUAAUGGAGAGGAGGUACAAAAUACCUGUGAUGAAGUGAAGUUAGAAGAAAAAUUUGGAAUCAUGGACAGCUCAGAACAAUUCGAAGGCGAAGGAAUUCAUGAUAGAGAGAAAUAUGUAAUUAAGAAUGAAGAAAGUAACUCAAAUUCCUCGGAUAUAGAUCAUUCACCUGCCUCUUUCAGCAAUGAAAUGCCUCAAGUAUUAUGUCUACCAAGUAUUAAAUCUGAAUUGGUUCACUUGGACCAUUGCGAAGAAAAAUAUCUUGAUGAACACAUACAGAGUGACCUUACUGCCAGUCCUAAAGAUGAGGAAAAAUGGCAUGUUAAAUUAGGAACCCUAGAUAUUUGUGAACAAUUUAUAGAUGAGGAAGGAGUUCAUGAUAGAGAAGACUAUAUAGCUAAGAAUGAAGACAGUAACUCAAAUUCCUCUGUUAUAGAAAUCGAUACAAAUCAAUCACUUGACGCUUUUAACAAAGAAAUACAUGGAAUAUUGGAUCCAGCAAGUAUUGAAUAUCUUCCUUCAAAUAUCAAGAAUAAGAAGUGCCAUUUGUGUGAUUUUGAGACCAUCUAUGAAAAAGACUUUGCUUUACACAUCAAAUCUGUUCAUUUUAUUUUUAGGUGUGAAUUUUGCGAGUUAGUUACAAAUGAAAAAGAUAAACUUAAACAGCAUGUUGGCUUGGCUCAUUCACUUGCCAAAAACCACAAGUGUCACUCAUGCAAAUAUGCUACAAGUAAUAAAAGACACCUUGAAUUGCAUGUAAAAUCGGUUCAUUUAAAGAUUAAGGAACACAAGUGUCAUCUGUGUGAGUAUAGUACAACCAGAAAAGACUCCCUUCAAAAGCAUAUAAACUCUAUCCAUUUAAAUAUCAAAAAACACAAAUGUCACCAUUGUGAAUUUGCUACGUAUCUUAAAACAAACCUGGAUUCUCACAUAAAAUCUAUUCAUUUAAAAAUUAGGCAAUAUAAGUGUCAUUUAUGUGAAUAUGCUGGAAGUGAUAAACAUAGACUCGAUAACCACAUUAAAUCUGUUCAUUUGAAAACUAGGGAAUACAGUUGUCACAUAUGUGAAUUUACUGCGAGUGUAAAGCAGAGACUCGAUACACACGUAAAAUCUGUUCAUUUGAAAAUAAGAAAGCACAGGUGCGAUGUAUGUGAAUAUUCUACAAGUAGAAAAAAAGACCUCGAGGUACACAUAAAAUCUGUUCAUUUGAAAAUUAAGGAACACAAUUGUCAUCUAUGUAAGUAUGUUACAAGCAGAAAAGACUCGCUUCAAAAGCAUAUAAACAAUACUCAUUUAAAUAUUAAGAAACACAAAUGUCAAGAAUGUGAAUUUGCCUCGUAUUUCAAAGCCACCCUCGAUGCUCACAUAAAAUCGAUUCAUUUAAAUAUUAGGAAAAAUAGGUGUAAGUUAUGUGAAUAUGCUGCAAGUGAUAAACUAAGCCUUCAUACGCACGUAAAAUCUGUUCAUUCGGAAAUUCUGCAUCACGAGUGUCAACUAUGUGAUUUCGUUACAAGUAGAAAGGUGUACCUUCAGAAGCACGUUAACUCUGUUCAUUCAAAUAUCAAGAAACACAAAUGUUAUUCAUGUGAAUAUGCUUCCAGUGAAAAACAAAAUGUUGAUAGACAUUUUAAAUCUGCUCAUUUGCAAAUUAAAGAUCACAAGUGUCAUAUGUGUGAAUUUGUUACAAGUAGAAAAAAUAGUCUUCAGAAGCACAUCAAUUCUAUUCAUUCAAAUAGCAAAUAAGACAAUUGUCGGUUAUGGGACUUUUCUUAUUUUAUUUUGUCGAUGUAAAUAGAAACUGAGUUUAUAGAAGUAAAUCAAAACUUCUGUAAUAAAAUAAUGAUAAUAAUAAUAAUAAAAUCAUUGUUUUAUCAGAUUUUGAAAUUAUUUUCCCCAAAACUGAUCUAUGAAUUACAGAAAAAAAUGUUGAAACUUAUGCUUGUCUAGAACAAAUCCCUUGUAGUUUAAUAGAUUUAUUGAAAUUUG